AUGCCUGCAUUGUCUGUGAUCCUUUGGCAUGGAUGGUCAUUGCAAUUGCGUGGAUUUAUCUGGUUAGGCGGGUGGUGGACGCGGCCCUCAAACUGGAGAGCAAAUACCGCCAUCGCAUUUGGAGGGAUUCUCGCUAUCACAUAUGGCGCUUGGACGGUCAGUGCAGACAAGGAGGUGCGUCGUGCUAUUCCUCCACUCUCUAUCGGUAAUUUGACCAACGAGAUUCUAUUUCAGUUCAGACAUAUAGAGCCUUUCCGACCAAUUCCCUCAAUGGCGUGGGCCAAACAGUAUCAAGAGCAGAAGAAGGACUGA